AUGAGUGAAUGUUUCAUACAAGAGAAAAGUAAAACGCUGCUGAUUUUAAGAGAUAUUUACGUUAAUCAAGAUCUAGAUCAAGAUUACCGCUCUCAGGUUGAAAAUAUGUUGCAAUUGGUGGAAACAAGAAACCUGAAAAUAUCAGCGAAUGUAUGUUGGAUCGAUCUGAAAAUAAUGAUCGCGUUUGCUGGCCAAGUACUCUCUUAUUCUGUGCUUUUAUUACAAAAUUUCUAUUUGCAUCAC